AUGGCAUCAAUAACCUCCCUCCCUCCCGAAACCCUUCUCCAAAUCUUCAAAGACGAUAGCCUAACCCCCACCGACCUAGCCCAUUGCGCGCAAACAUGCCUUAAAUUUCGCGAUCUCGCUUGUUUACCCGAUUACAAGAUUGAUUACGUAUUCAGAGUAGACCACCCUUCCCAUUCAGGUUGGAGACUUAUUCGAUGUAUUUUACUCAACCCGGCGCUUGGAGAAAGAAUCCAAAGCCUUCGACUCGAAUGGCAUCGUCGUCGACGUCGAGAAAGAGAUACUUGGACUCUUAAAUGGGACUGGACGGAAGAUGAAUUAACCAAAAUCUCGGAGAUUUGUAAGAAAUGGAAUUUAAAUCCAUCUUUAUACCGAGCUAUCGAAAUCGGUUUAAACUCCGAGGCACUUCUUCCGUUGUUAUUCUGCCUCACCACGAAGCUGGAGUCAUUGGACGUUGGUGAUGUGGGUCAUGACAUGAUUUCAGACGAAUACGGUCAUACAGUCUACGAUGCAAUCCGAAUAUACACCCACUGCAUGGGAUCACCACCUCCCGAUAGUUCGCAACCAUCUCCACUAGCUACCGACAAAGUAAGCCUUACAAAGUGGUUCGAAAGCGGAGGAGCAGAAUACGAACCCAGAGGCCGUCUUUGCGAACCACUCUCCAGUAUCCCAUGGAUAUAUACAACCUUCACACCAGGUUCAUGGCUACCGGGACUAUCCAACAUCAAAGAAUUCUCCCAUGGAGGUUCGAACAGUAUCGCUUUGAGAUAUAGACCCAACUAUCUUAACGACUGGCCUAACACGAAUAUACCAACGAUCCUCCAGCUACCGAAUUUAGAAUCCCUCAAGCUUUCUCACAUAAACGCAUUGAUGGGGACACCCAUAUGCGAUGGUCCAAAACCAGUGCAUAAGCUCAAAAGGCUAGAGAUCUUUCACUAUAGGUUCUACAGAACCGACUUUGAAAUUGUUGCGCGUCUCACGGGUGGUUCUUUGGAAAAUGUGGUGUGUAUCUUGUCGGACGAAAACUUCACUCCGUGGGAUAUGCCCCCCGAUCAAAAGAUCGCGGUAAUAACCGACUAUUUUGAGGAAAAUAGCAAGGACACAUUGGCUAGGGAUAAAAUAUCUGUUGUUAGGAGUUUUAAAGGAUUCUUUGAUGAUUUUGAGUUCAAGGGUAGGGAGAAUAUGCUUUUGUUAAGUGAAGUACACAGAAGUAGUCCUGAUGAAUAUGGUAAUAUUUAUCUUUUUGAGGCGAGCGACCAAGAGAGAGAGGAGUAUUUUGAAGAUGAGAUUUCGGAGGAUAGUUAG